AGCGGGAAGUUACUUAGCACGGUUCCGGGUUUUCUCGCGCCCCGCCCUUCCACAGCUAGAGGCUUUUCUUCCCUGGGUCGGUCUGUCCUGCAGAGAGCAAUCCCUGUCCAUCCGACUGCGCUCUGCCCGCCCGCCGCGCAUCUGCCCUUCUCCUCUGACUCCGCCCCGCAUCUGUCCGGAACCGCCUCGCGUCUGAGCUGACCCAGUGCGCGUCUGCCAGUCAGUCCCUCCGGAUCCGCCGCGAGUCUCAGGCUGCCGAAAUCACCGCGCGUCACUCGCCUCAACAGGGUUUCUGAGUCUGCUUUUAGCUUCCUUCGCCUUGGCUUUUUUCUGUUCGUGAACAGCUGCUGGGCCCAUAGCUUAGAGAAAGCAGCCUUUUUCCUCUCCCACGAGAGCCUCUUCCCUGUGCUCAGAGAGAUGGGGAGUGGGGAGCCUAACCCUGCUGGCAAGAAAAAGAAGUACCUCAAGGCUGCCCUGUAUGUGGGUGACUUGGACCCAGAUGUCACCGAGGACAUGCUAUAUAAAAAGUUCAGGCCUGCUGGCCCUCUGCGCUUCACCCGAAUCUGUCGUGACCCGGUGACCCGCAGCCCCCUGGGCUAUGGCUAUGUUAACUUCCGCUUUCCUGCGGAUGCUGAGUGGGCCCUGAACACCAUGAAUUUUGAUUUGAUUAAUGGCAAGCCAUUCCGCCUCAUGUGGUCUCAGCCCGAUGACCGCUUAAGAAAGUCUGGAGUUGGAAAUAUAUUCAUCAAAAAUCUGGACAAAUCCAUAGACAACAGGGCCCUCUUUUAUUUAUUUUCUGCUUUUGGGAACAUUCUCUCCUGCAAAGUUGUAUGUGAUGACAACGGCUCCAAGGGUUAUGCCUAUGUCCACUUUGACAGCCUGGCGGCUGCCAAUCGAGCCAUCUGGCACAUGAACGGAGUGCGGCUCAACAACCGCCAGGUGUAUGUUGGCCGAUUCAAAUUUCCGGAAGAGCGGGCGGCGGAAGUCAGAACCAGGGAUAGAGCAACUUUCACCAAUGUUUUUGUUAAAAACUUUGGAGAGGAAAUGGAUGACGAAAAGCUGAAGGACAUGUUCAGUGAGUAUGGGCCGACCGAGAGUGUUAAGGUAAUAAGGGAUGCCAGUGGGAAAUCUAAAGGCUUUGGAUUUGUGAGAUAUGAGACACACGAGGCUGCCCAAAAGGCUGUGCUAGACCUGCAUGGGAAGUCCAUCGAUGGGAAAGUCCUCUAUGUGGGGAGAGCGCAGAAGAAAAUUGAACGUCUGGCUGAGUUGAGGCGAAGAUUUGAACGGCUGAGAUUAAAAGAAAAAAGUCGGCCUCCAGGGGUGCCUAUCUAUAUUAAGAACCUGGAUGAGACCAUCAGUGAUGAAAAACUGAAGGAGGAAUUUUCCUCCUUUGGAUCAAUUAGCCGAGCCAAAGUGAUGGUGGAAGUGGGGCAAGGCAAAGGGUUUGGUGUUGUUUGCUUCUCCUCUUUUGAAGAGGCUACCAAAGCAGUGGAUGAGAUGAAUGGUCGCAUGAUGGGCUCCAAACCCCUGCAUGUCACCCUGGGCCAGGCCAGGCGCAGGUGGUGAGAGUAAGAAUGCGCAGUUUGUGUCAGCCUUAAGCUGGUGCCUACUUAGUUUGGGCUACUUUGUGAUAAAAGGUUAUUUUAUGCCAAUUCACAGGUUUUUUUUUGAAGUGAAUAUUUUCUUUUGAAACAAAUGUGAAACUAGAAAUCCUGUUCCUUUUAGUGAAAAACAUAAUUUCUAACUGUAAAACUGUCAUUUUGUACUAUUUUUUGAUAUAAUAGUCUUAGGAAUAUGGAAAAUAAAGUUUAUUCCUCCACACAUUUUUGGUUUUUCUACAUGAGUCAAGGUGAGGUAGUUGAUUGAGUGUAUUUUCUUCCUUAUUUCAAUAAUACUACUAAAUUUGAUUUCUUCAAUGAAAAUAUUUUUAAAAUGGUCCUUACUUCUGAGUGUAUCACAGUGAGAAAGUCCAAUUUGCUUUUUGAGAAAUCAAUAGUGCAGGGGAAAAUGGAUGUGAUCCAGUUGUCAUUUGUGCAUAAUUUCACUUUAAAUUAUUACUUAAUAUGAGUGAAUAAGAUGUGAGCUUUUUUUCCUUCCCUUUAUUUAUUUAUAUUAUUUGCCUUUUUAAAAUAUAUAUUUUGGGUAUACCACACAUUUAAUAGUGGCUUUAACCAAGUGUUGGGAGUUUUCUCAAACAGUACCUUAGAAAACUAACACUUCAGGCAUUCAUUAUUUAAAUUAUGAGUUUCAUUUUAAAAACCUUUCCUGAGAAAUUUGAUAUUUGAGGACAGUCUAAGGAGCAUUCUUACCACUCACUUUUCUAAAGUCCUUUGUAUGUAUACUUGGAUAAUGUUAAAUUAACAAGAAAGAUGACUUAACUGCACUGAAUUGCCUUCACAUAUAGAUAAUCUUAAGAUGCUACCUUCAGCUAUUAUUUUGUCAAUAUAAAAGAUAAAUAAUACAUAUAAUCAUGUUUAAAAAGUACUUUGAAGAACAUCUUCUAUUAAACUUGUUACCAUUUGUAAAGUGUUGAAUAUGUCCAUGUGAUAAUAUUCACGCAUGUUUCAAAGUUAAGGAAAAGGUUGUCACUCUUGAAUAAAUCACAUGCCUCCAUCUAUCACAUGAGCACUAUUAAUUCACUACAGAGCUCUUUCUGUCUGGUUGCUUGGAAGUUGUGACAAAAUGUUCUCCUCUGUGUUACAGUUACGUUGUUUAGCCUGUAAUUUCUAGAUUACAGAUUUUCUGUAUUUCACUUGCAGUUCCCUCUUCUUCCCAUGCCUCUACCCUGCAUCCUGAUUACUCUUACUUUUAUGUUUUUUGUGGACUGCCUUUCUUUUAAUAUAUGCCAGUUCAAAUCCAUUUUGGAAGUAGAGAAAGAAAUACUUAAUUUAUGUAAAAUUUAAAUAAUUACUUUUAAAAAUGUGAUUCAUUCAUACCCUGAUCCAACCAUAAAAAAAAUGUUCUGUCUCUAUUCUCAGUUGGGUUUUAUUGCUUUAUAUAGAAAUCUUUGGUUUCAUACAUAAUUCAAUGUAAAUAUAUAAUUUGUUCACACUUUUGUUAGUAAUUUGCCCACAAAAUCAUGAGAAUAAGCUGUCUUUAUGUGAUUAUCUACAAAUUACAUGUACAUUGUCAAUUAUUUUCAAAUGGAAAUCACUGUUUUUUAAAAAAUGUAAACAAUAAUACAUGCUGAUUCUAAGAAAAUGUACACAAUGCUAAAAUUUAUAAAGAAGGAAGGAAAAUUCCCACAGUUCAGAGAUAAUUGCUAUUAAUAUUUUCAGUACAUGCAUAUCCUCCUAUGCCUUUUUUUUGCUAUGUAUACAGUUUUAUAAACAAAAAGAAAACAUACCAUAUGUACUGUUAGGUGUUUUUUUAAAAUUUUAAACUAAAUCCUAAUCAUCUUUUCAUGUCAAUAAACAUUGAUCUUUAUCAUAAUUUUAGUGACUGCAGUAUUCCAUUGCGUGGAUGUACUAUAACUUCUCUAAGUAGUUCAUUAUUGAAUAAGAUUUCUAUGUUUUUUCAAUGUUUUCUACAUUUGUAAACAAUGCUGUGAUGAACAUCCUUGCUUAAAAAUAUUUUUGAGUUAUAUGAGCUUGAGAAAAAAUACCUAUAGCAUGUAAAAGCUUAAA